CAUUGAUGAAUUGCUUUUCUUUUAACCUACAACAAAGGGACUGUAGCUGAACACCAUGUAACAAUGAUACAGGAAAUAAUCCACCUUGUGUUGCCUGUGUUGAUGGUCUUUUCCCAGUGCUGUGUUACUAGGGAUAUUAUUCUUUUGAUAACAUAAUCAUGCAAUUGGUCUAUCUACAGGGCUGAAAUAUAGAUGUGCAUCAGUUUCAGCUAAGGUUAACUAAGCAGGUGCUGAUAAGAGAAUAUAAAGGAGAGCUCCUGGCUUCACUGUGCAACUGCUGGGGAUAAUGGUUCCAGAGCUUCACAAUGGGCAAUUCUGUGAAGAAAGGGAAAGCUGUAUUUGUCGAUCAGACUCAAGUCAAGAGCAUGCGGCUCUACAAAGCAGCUUUAGAAGAUCAGUGCGGAAAAUCACCAGAAAUAACCAAACUUAAAACUAAUGAAAAUGAUGACAAUGGAUGGAGAACAAGCAAGGAGAAAAGUGGCCUUAAAAUCGAAAUUGAGGAAUACAUCUGUUCCAGUGAUGUUGUGAUCUUCAGCAAGACAUCAGUCGACAGCUGUGCCAAAGUAAAGGAUCAUUUUGACAAAAUGGGAAUUACAUAUCUGACAGUAGAGCUAGACCAAUUAGACAACGGCAACCAGCUGGAAGAACUGCUGUACGAGCAAACCAUGGAGUCAUCUUUACCCAGUGUUUUUGUGAAGGAGAAGCAUAUAGGAAGCUAUGAGGACAUUUUAAAGUUGUCUAAAGAAAACAUGUUUCAGAAACUUCUAGAAACUAAAGAAGAUAAUCCCGACCAAAUCACAUAUGACUAUGACCUUAUAGUUAUUGGUGGUGGAUCAGGAGGGCUAGCUGCUUCUAAGGAGGCUGCAAAGUAUGGCAAGAAAGUGCUGGUACUAGACUUUGUGACUCCAUCACCCCUUGGCACAAGAUGGGGUCUUGGAGGAACCUGUGUAAACGUAGGCUGCAUUCCCAAGAAGCUAAUGCAUCAGGCGGCUUUGCUAAGACAGGCUUUGAAAGAUUCUCAGAAAUAUGGAUGGCAGAUAGAAGACAAUAUACAGCACAACUGGGAAACAAUGACAGAUUCUGUUCAGAACUAUAUUGGUUCUCUAAAUUUUAACUACAGAGUCGCCCUAAUGGAAAACAAUGUGAAGUAUGAAAAUGGCUAUGGAGAAUUUGUAGGACCACAUACAAUCAAGUCAACAAAUAGUAGAGGAAAAGAGAAAUACUUUACAGCAGAAAAAUUUCUCAUUGCCACUGGUGAACGGCCACGAUACUUAGGUAUUCCCGGAGACAAAGAAUACUGCAUUACAAGUGAUGACCUCUUCUCGCUUCCUUACUGUCCGGGGAAGACUCUGGUGGUUGGAGCAUCCUACGUUGCCUUGGAAUGUGCUGGGUUUUUGGCAGGACUUGGUCUAGACGUUACCGUUAUGGUGCGUUCCAUUCUCUUAAGAGGUUUUGAUCAGCAAAUGGCCAACAAAAUUGGCGAAUACAUGGAAGAGCACGGAGUGAAAUUCAUCAAACAAUUUGUGCCAGCUAAGAUAGAACAAAUGGAAGCAGGGAAACCUGGGAGGUUAAAGGUAACAUCACAAGCACCUGAUGGCACAGAGACAACAGACGAAUACAACACAGUUCUGCUGGCAAUUGGAAGGGAUGCUUGCACAAGAAAUAUUGGACUUGAAAUACCUGGAGUAAAGAUAAAUGAAAAAACAGGAAAAAUCCCAGUUAAUGAUGAGGAGCAGACUAAUGUGUCUUAUAUCUAUGCCAUUGGAGAUGUCAUACAGGACAAACUAGAGCUCACUCCUGUAGCUAUCCAAGCAGGCCGCCUACUAGCCAAGAGGCUCUAUGGAGAUUCAACUCUAAAGUGUGACUAUGUAAAUGUACCAACGACAGUAUUUACCCCUUUGGAAUAUGGUGCUUGUGGCUUAUCCGAAGAAAAUGCUAUCCGACACUACGGAGAGGAGAAUAUAGAGGUCUACCACAGUUACUUCUGGCCUCUAGAAUGGACAGUACCAGUAAGGGACAAUAACAAGUGUUACGCAAAGAUCAUCUGUAAUCUGAAAGAUAAUGAAAGAGUUGUGGGCUUCCAUGUCCUCUCUCCGAAUGCUGGAGAAAUAACGCAGGGAUUUGCAGCAGCAAUUAAAUGUGGCCUCACUAAAGAUCAGCUGGAUAACACAAUAGGAAUUCAUCCUGUCUGUGCAGAGAUAUUCACAACUUUGACUGUGACAAAACGUUCUGGAGGAAACAUCCUACAGUCUGGAUGCUGAGGUUAAACCCUGCUGUUUUCAUUUGUUGACAUAGCCAAAAGCAAAAUUGAAAAUGGGUUUGUAAACGAGAGGCUACAGCUGCUAUGGCAACAGGAAAACAGCAGGGUUAUCCUGCAGUAAAACUGAUGCAGGGCGCCAUUUUGGUGCUAUUGUGACGUCACAUCUCAAAGCCAGAUCUGGUGGGCUGUGACUGAAGACCUGCACACUCAUUUGUUUCAAAGCUAAACGACUUCAAAAGAUAAUGUUAAACAUUCCAUACCAGAAAAAAACAUUUACUAGUUUUUACUGGUGUAGCAGACAAGGCUUUGGAGCCUUGUGGAUUUCUGUACCGUAUAUGAUUCUUAUUCAUAGCAUUUGCACUUGCUUUUUAUCUGUGAACACGGUUAGUCGUGGGUUAUGUAUUGGCUAAAAUGUUUUAUUUAUACAGGAAACGCGUUAAUGUAUUUUGACAUUAAAACUUUGUAAUAGCUUUAUAUUUAUUUGCAGAAAACAUAUAUUAUCUGUAUUGCUCUUAAAGUGAUACUGACAUUAAAAGAAUAUUAUUGAAAAUAUUAAUGUACGUCAAAGGUUACCCAUAGCUCAUGUUGAUCGUUUUUCACUACUAGAGCUGCUUUUGUAAGGGAUUGUUACUUGACGUUCCUAAACCUGACUGUUUUGCCAACCUGAUUGUCUCUUGUCAGUUAGAGUUUCUAAUGCUAACGGACUCAAAUAUGGCAGCACCCUCAGAGAGGAACAUGGGGGAUCAAAUGGGUAAUGUAAAAGUAUCGUAAAUGGGAAAAUUAUAGAUAGCAUGCAAAGACAAUAUUAUGAUAGAUGUAAAAAAAAAGUUUAAUUUCUGGUGUCAGUAUCUCUUUAACAAGUUAGUUACCUUUAGAGAGAACCCAUAGCACAAUGCAAACAUGCAUCCUUUUUUCUGAAGCUUUAUCCUUAGCAUAUUAAAGAACUGUAACUCGAACAGUUAUUUUUAUUGAUUAGUAUUAUAAGUUAUGAAAGUAAUUAUUUAGUAUUUAGCCUUCUGUUAUCCUUGUGACCUUAUAAUAAAUAGGCCAGGCGGUGUACCCAUGCAGGGACCAUAUCCAGGAACCGCAAAACAGUAUAUGUUUGUACAGUAGUCAAUAAAAUUGUACAGUAUUUUUUAUAGAUAGACUUUGGUCUGCAAUAAAA